AUGAUAACAUCCUCCAUUAACUCUACGCGACACCAUGCACAAGAAAUCAUAAAUAAAUUAACUUUAAUUAAGUUAUCGUCGAUGGAAACUGAAAAUUUUGAAAAUAAACACUAUAAACAAUUUGUCAAUUAUCUUCAAGUGUCACGAAAAUAUAUUCAUCUGAUUGAAAAUGAAGAAAAUUAUCAAACUGAACAUGUUCAGAGUAAAACGAAACUUCAUUUAAACGAUGAUCAAAAACGUUAUUUAGUUGCUUCGAUCAAUGAUGAACAAUUUCAAAUAUUUGAUAAGAUAACAAUCAAUUUCAUUCAUUAUUCUACAAUGAAUUAUGGUGCGGAGAAAACGUUUAAUGAUACAUGUAUUUUAUAUCUAUCAAAUAAUGAAUUAUUUGUCGGAUUUAUUAUUCGUAUAAUACAAACAAUCAAAAGCAAUCAAAGUUUUAUUCAAAUUCAACGAGUAAAUUUAACCGAUCAAGUAAAAACAACUGUAAAUGAAAACAUUGUCAAAUACCUAAAAACACAUUGUGAUGAAGAACAAUUGAAAAAAUUUCUCCCACAUGUUAAAUUAUUACCCUAG